GCUCUGGGUGAGGCCAGCGGGGAGGGGACUUCAGGGACAGGGCGGCCGGGACGAGACGUGAAGACAGUUCAGGCUGGAGGCGGCCUCGGCGGCCCGGGCCUGGCAGACCCAGCGCCGCGCCCGCCGCCAUGCAGGACGGUAACUUCCUGCUGUCGGCCCUGCAGCCCGAGGCCGGGGUGUGCUCCCUGGCGCUGCCCUCGGACCUGCAGCUGGACCGCCGGGGCGCCGAGGGUCCGGAGGCCGAGCGCCUGCGAGCCGCCCGCGUUCAGGAGCAGGUCCGCGCCCGCCUCCUGCAGCUGGGCCAGCAGCCCCGGCACAACGGGACCACCGAGCCCGACGGGGUCACCAGGGCGGCCCGAGGCGCGUCCCGGGGCCAGUACCACACCCUGCAGGCCGGCUUCAGCUCCCGCUCUCAGGGCCUGAGUGGGGACAGCACCUCGACCUUCCGGCCCAUCGCCAAGCCCACCUAUAGCCCGGCCACCUGGUCCUCCCGCUCGGCCGUGGACCUGAGCUGCAGUCGGAGGGUGAGCUCUGCCCACAACGGGGGCAGCGCCUUUGGGGCCGUGGGGUACGGGGGAGCCCUGCCCGCCGCACCCAUGCCCCCCCGGCCCAUGUCCUACCACGAGCGUGGGGGCGGCCGGGUGGACUACGACACCCUGUCCCUCCGCUCGCUGCGGCUGGGGCCCGGGGGCCUGGACGACCACUGCAGCGUGCUGUCGGAGCAGCUGGAGCCCGGGGCCGCCGCCGCCUACAGGGCCUUCGCCUAUGAGCGCCAGGCCAGCGCCAGCGCCAGCUCCGGGCGGGCAGGGGGCCUGGACUGGCCCGAGGCCGCCGACGGCCCGCCCAGCCGGACUAUCCGCGCCCCGGCCAUGCGGACGCUGCAGCGGUUCCAGAGCAGCCACCGCAGCCGCGUGGGGGCGGGCGCCGUGCCCGGCGUCCUGGAGCCCGUGGCCCGAGCGCCGUCCGUGCGCAGCCUCAGCCUCAGCCUGGGCGACGCGGGCCACCUGCCCGACGUGCGCGGGCUGGACAGCUACGGCGGCCAGCGCGCUCUGCAGCGGCUCAGCAGCGGCUUCGACGACAUUGACUUGCCCUCGGCAGUGAAGUACCUCAUGGCCUCAGACCCCAACCUGCAGGUGCUGGGCGCAGCCUACAUCCAGCACAAGUGCUACAGCGAUGCGGCGGCCAAGAAGCAGGCCCGCAGUCUCCAGGCCGUGCCCCGGCUGGUGAAGCUCUUCAACCACGCCAACCAGGAGGUGCAGCGCCACGCCACGGGCGCCAUGCGCAACCUCAUCUACGACAACGCGGACAACAAGCUGGCCCUGGUGGAGGAGAACGGCAUCUUCGAGCUGCUGCGGACGCUGCGCGAGCAGGACGACGAGCUGCGCAAGAACGUCACAGGCAUCCUGUGGAACCUGUCCUCCAGCGACCACCUGAAGGACCGCCUGGCCCGGGACACGCUGGAGCAGCUCACAGACCUGGUGCUGAGCCCGCUCUCGGGGGCCGGGGGGCCGCCCCUCAUCCAGCAGAACGCCUCCGAGGCGGAGAUCUUCUACAACGCCACGGGCUUCCUCAGGAACCUCAGCUCGGCCUCCCAGGCCACUCGCCAGAAGAUGCGUGAGUGCCAUGGGCUGGUGGACGCCCUGGUCACCUACAUCAACCAGGCCCUGGACGUGGGCAAGUGCGAGGACAAGAGUGUGGAGAACGCCGUGUGCGUGCUGAGGAACCUGUCCUACCGCCUGUACGACGAGAUGCCGCCGUCAGCCCUGCAGCGCCUCGAGGGCCGGGGCCGCAGGGACAUGGCCGGGGCGCCGCCCAGCGAGGUGGUGGGCUGCUUCACGCCACAGAGCCGGCGGCUGCGAGAGCUGCCCAUCACUGCCGACGCACUCACCUUCGCCGAGGUGUCCAAGGACCCCAAGGGCCUCGAGUGGCUGUGGAGCCCCCAGAUCGUGGGCCUGUACAACCGCCUCCUGCAGCGCUGCGAGCUCAACCGGCACACCACGGAGGCGGCCGCCGGGGCCCUGCAGAACAUCACCGCCGGCGACCGCAGGUGGGCGGGCGUGCUCAGCCGCCUGGCCCUGGAGCAGGAGCGCAUCCUGAACCCGCUCUUGGACCGCGUCCGCACGGCCGACCACCACCAGCUGCGCUCACUGACCGGCCUCAUCCGAAACCUGUCCCGGAACGCCAGGAACAAGGACGAGAUGUCCACCAAGGUGGUGAGUCACCUGAUCGAGAAGCUGCCGGGCAGCGUGGGCGAGAAGUGCCCGCCGGCGGACGUACUGGUGAACAUCAUCGCGGUGCUCAACAACCUGGUGGUGGCGAGUCCCAUCGCCGCCCGGGACCUGCUGUACUUCGACGGGCUCCGCAAGCUGGUCUUCAUCAAGAAGAAACGUGACAGCCCCGACAGCGAGAAGUCCUCCCGGGCAGCCUCCAGCCUCUUGGCCAACCUGUGGCAGUACAACAAGCUCCACCGAGACUUCCGGGCGAAGGGCUAUCGGAAGGAGGACUUCCUGGGCCCCUAGGCGAGGCCUUCCCAGAGGAAGAGGACGCGACUCGGCCCGGGCUCCGGAGGCCGGGCCCAGCCCCUGCUGCUGGAGGGCCGCCUGGAGGAGAAGACAGGUGGCCCAGGGCCGCUCGCUGGAGCCCCGAGUGCAACUGGGAAAGGCCUGGGCCACCAGGGAGAGGACAGGGGACGGGGGCUUGCAGCUGGGGACGAGGCUUCCGCAGGGCAGGGAGUGGGCAGGGCUUGAGGCUGCUCUGGUGCAUGGGGUGGGGACCAGGCCACACUGGCAGAGGCGGGGCUGCCCAUGGCGGGCAGUGCCUCAGGGCAGCCAGCGCUGAAAAUAAAGGUGGUCGUGAAGACAGCA